AUGGAUAAAUUAACUACUGAUGAAGAGAAUAAAUUUCAAAAUGUUAAAAUAUGUGAAUGCUGUCUCAAGUCAUUUAAAAAAAAUAAUUUAGUCAAAGUAAGAGAUCAUAAUCAUUUUACAGGACGUUUUAGAUCAGUUGUUUGUUUAAAUUGUAAUUUUGAGUUACGUAAUGUUUCGUUCGUACCAAUAUACUUUCAUAACUUGUCCUAUGACAGUCAUUUCAUUGUUCGCGAACUUUCUUGUAAUUCAAAUGAUAUUUACGUAAUACCUAAUUCAUCAGAAAAAUAUAUAUCGUUUAGUAAAAAAAUUGAAGAUAAAUUUAGCAUUAAAUUUAUAGACACAUUUCGUUUUAUGUCAGAGUCUCUUUGUUCCUUAGCUGAUAAUUUAUCUGAAGACAAAACUAGAUUUAGGGAAACCUUAAAAAUAUUUCCUUUGCCCACUUUAAAUUUAGUUACACGUAAAGGUGUGUUUCCUUAUGAAUAUAUUGACAAUCCUAAUAAAUUGAAUGAAACUUGUUUACCAUCAAAACAAUCUUUUUAUAAUUCGUUAAAAGACGAAGAAAUUAGUGAUGAAGAUUAUGCGCACGCACAUGAGAUUUGGAAAACAUUUAAUUUAAAAACAUUAGGACAGUAUAGCGAUUUAUAUUUAGCAACUGAUGUAUGUAUACUUGCUGACGUUUUUGAAAAUUUUAGAGAUAUAUGUUUGCAAACACUCAAACUAGAUGCUUCACAUUUUAUGACAGCUCCAGGAUUUGCAUUUGAUUGUAUGUUAAAACAUACUAAUGUUAAACUAGAACGACUUAAGCAAUAUGAUAUUCAACUUUUUCUAGAGAAUGGAAUACGUGGUGGAAUUUGUCAUUCAGUCAAAAGAUAUGUAAAAGCAAACAUUCCUAAUAUCGAAAAUAUUAAUUAUGAACCAAAUAAACCUAUAACGUGGUUAGCUUACCUAGAUUGUGUAAAUUUAUAUGGAAAGUCUAUGCUAUCUGCUUUACCUCAUAAAAAUUUUGAAUGGUUUAAUGAUUUAUCAAUAGAUAUAACACAAAUUGAUGAUGAUGCUCCUUAUGGUUAUAUUUUAGAAGUAGAUGUUAUUUAUCCAAAACAAUUACACGAUAACCAUAACGAUUUCCCAUUUUUACCUGAAAAUAAAUGUCCACCAAAUUCCAAAGUAAAAAAACUAAUAACAACAUUAGAAUCGAAAUUUAACUACGUAGUUCAUUAUAGAAAUUUAAAACAAGCCAUUGCCAAUGGAUUAAAAGUUAAAAAAGUUCAUAGGAUUCUUCGUUUUUCACAAUCUAAAUGGAUGGCACCAUAUAUAGAAUUAUGUACAGAUAUGAGAGUUAAGUCGCGAAAUGAGUUUGAACGUCAAUUUUGGAAGUUAUUAAUUAACAGUGUGUAUGGAAAAUGUCUAGAAAAUGUAAGAAAACGGAUGUUAAUGUCUCUAGUAUGUGACGAAAAAAAAGCCCAUCGAUUAAUGAACAAAGUAACAUUUAAAGAUAGAACUAUAUACUCAAAAAAAUUAAUGGCAAUUCAUAUGAAUAAAGAAAAAAUUAAAUUUGAUAAACCUAUUUAUGUUGGUUUUGCUAUAUUAGAUAUUUCAAAAACGAUAAUUUAUGAUUUCCAUUAUAAUAUAAUGAAAAACAUGUAUGGAAAUAAAAUCGACAUUGUAUAUUCAGAUACUGAUUCACUAGUUUAUGAAAUUAGAACUUAUAACUUUUUCGAUGAUAUAAAAAAUAAAUUAUUUUCUUACUUUGAUACAUCAAAUUAUCCGAAAAAUCACUAUUGUUAUAGUAAUCUUAGAAAAAAUCAACCAGGAUAUUUUAAAGAUGAAUUAAAAUCUGAAAUUUUAUUAGAAUUUAUUACUUUACGUCCUAAACUAUAUGCAUACAAAACAAAUACAAAAGAAGUAAAAAAAGCUAAGGGUGUAAAAAAGUAUGUAAUUGAUAAACACAUGAAAUUUAACGAAUAUUUAGACAUAUUAAAUGCUUAUACCAACAAUUCCUCUAGUUCUAGUAAAAAAUUAUGUAAAACUAUGAAUUUUAUACAAUCAAAAAACCAUAUUGUUUAUUCUAAAUCUGUGGAUAAAAUUGCUCUUAGUGCUAAUGAUGAUAAAAGGAUUAUUAUGCGUGAUGGUAUUAAUACUAUUGCAUACGGUCACUAUUGCUUAACAGAAUAA